GGGUAUUUGAGCUCAAAGCUCUCCUGAAUGACUGUCAGUCUGCUGGCAAGUAGGUCUUCGGAUAACUUUUGACAUGGGAGUCACACCUUUGCACAAUGUGGGUGGAAUAUUUGUAUUCUUCAGCUCGUUUCUAAUUUUCCUUACUCCAAACUGUAAUGCGGGAAAUAUUUUGGUAUAUCCUCUGGAUGGCAGCCACUGGAUCAAUAUGAAGAUCCUGUUAGAAGAACUCCAUGCCAGGGGUCACAACAUCAGUGUGAUCAGAGGUUCCAGCAGCUGGUAUAUCCCAGAAAAAUCCCCCCUCUACACAUCCAUCACAGUUGAAAUGGACAGAGAUGUAAAGGACUUCUUUGGGGAGUUUAUACAAGACCAAAUGAGGGUGCACCAAGAAGGACCUUCACCGCUUACACUUUUUAAGCGCACAAAAAACUUUCUGUCCUUCAUUGCUCAGGCCCACACCCUGUGGUGUGAUGCUGCAUCACAAAUCUUUGAAAAUACAAAGUUGAUAAAAAGCUUAAUAGAAUCACAGUAUGAUCUGGUUCUUACUGAUCCAGGAAUAGGACCAGGUGUUGUGUUAGCUAAAUAUCUUAAACUGCCAUUAGUCCUCAACGUGAUUUGGAAGCACAGAGGAAAGCGUCCCUCUACUCUGGGCAACAACACUCUAAURAUGGAAUGGAUGCCUCAGAAAGAUCUACUUGGCCACCCACAAAUAAAAGCCUUCAUAGCUCAUGGAGGAACAAAUGGAGUCCAGGAAGCCAUUUACUAUGGAGUCCCGGUGCUUGGCAUACCCUUGUUCUUUGACCAGUAUGACAACCUUCUACGUCUACAGAAAAGAGGAGCAGCAAAGAUUAUUCAGCUCCAUGAAGUUAAUGGUCAUAGCUUUGAGAAAGGAAUUAGAGAAGUGCUCCAUAAAGACAGCUACAGGCAGAAUAUUCAGAGACUGUCACGUUUACACCAAGAUCAGCCAAUGCCACCCAUGGAUCAGGCCACUUUCUGGGUAGAGUAUGUGAUACGACACAAAGGGGCUCCUCACCUGCGAUCCAUGGCUCUCACUUGUUUCUCCGGUAUAAUCAUACUGUCCUUACACCUAAUCCUGUUGACAUCACACUGCGAUGGGGGAAACAUAUUGGUGUUCCCUGUGGAUGGCAGCCACUGGAUUAAUAUGAAAAUACUACUGGAAGAACUUCAUACCAGAGGACACAACAUCAGUGUGAUCAGGUCUACUACCAGCUGGUACAUUCCAGAAAAAUCCCCCCUCUACACAUCCAUCACCAUUGAAAUGGAUGAAGGUCUAGAGAACUUUUUUGACAAAUAUCUACAGGAGCAUAUGAGGGCACAGCGAGAAGGGGCUUCACUUUUGACUUUCUUGAAGCUCACCAAGGAUUUCCUUUCUAUGAUUACUCAAGCCCAUUUGUUGUGGUGUGAUGCUACAAUUCAGAUUUUUCAGAAUCCGAUUUUGGUCAAAAACCUAAAAGAGUCCCAAUAUGAUUUGGUUCUUGCUGAUCCAGCCAUGGGCCCAGGGCCAGUGUUAGCUAAAUAUCUUGAACUGCCUUUAGUCCUUAAUGUUCGCUGGAUUACAAGUGGAGAAGGUCACUUUAUUUUGGCACCUUCACCCCUCUCUUACAUCCCAGUGCCUGGUUCUGGCUUAACCGACAAAAUGGAUUUUAUCCAGAGGGUGAAAAACUUUUUUUUCUAUAGCAUCAUAAAAUUCCAGGAAAAGUUUCUUGUGGGACCUAUCUAUGAUAAUUUGUGCAAUAAAUACAUUGAGGGUGGGUGUGACAUUGUCUCACUGCUUCAAGGUGCUGACAUUUGGCUGUUCAGGUCAGAUUUUGUUUUUGAGUUUCCUCGGCCAACAAUGCCAAAUGUUGUCUACAUUGGAGGGUUCCAGUGUAAACCUGCGCAGCCUCUACCAGCGGACCUGGAGGAGUUUGUUCAGAGUGCUGGAGAGCAUGGAGUCAUCAUCAUGACUCUGGGAACCUUUGUCAAUGCUUUACCCACAGAGGUUGCGGAUGAAAUUGCCAGUGUUUUUGCCAAGAUGCCCCAAAAGGUGAUUUGGAGGCACAAAGGGGAUCAUCCCUCUACUUUGGGCAACAACACUCUAAUAGUGGACUGGAUGCCACAAAAGGACCUCCUCGGCCACCCGCAGAUCAAAGUCUUCGUCGCCCACGGAGGAACAAAUGGAGUCCAGGAAGCCAUUUACUAUGGAGUCCCUGUGCUUGGCAUACCCUUGUUCUUUGACCAAUAUGACAAUCUCCUACGUUUGCAGGAAAGAGGAGCAGCAAAGAUUAUUCAGCUAGCUGAUGUAAAUGGUCACACGUUUGAAAAGACUAUUAAAGAACUGCUCCACAAAGUCAGCUACCGGGAAAACAUGCAAAGACUUUCAAGCUUGCACAGAGAUCAACCGAUGCCACCCAUGGAUCAGGCUACUUUCUGGGUGGAGUAUGUGAUGCGCCACAAAGGAGCCUCUCACCUGCGCACAGAGGCUUAUGGGAUGCCUUGGUACUCAUACUAUUGUUUAGAUGUUCUAAUUUUCUUGGUGACAGCAGUAACUUUGCUCCUCUUUUCUAUUUUUGCCAUCGCAAAAUUUCUUUGCUGUAGAAGAAAGAAAAGGACAAAAACCAAACAGAGUUAACUUGAGUCAACCUUGCUUAGAAAUGUAGGGAUUGUCCAAAAUGGCUUUAUUUGGACAAAUGCAUCAUCUCUUUUCCAAUGCGCCACAGUACCAACAUGAAGAGCAUUUUCUAAAUAAAACAACAUCUGUUAAGGAAUUAUGAUCUCACUGGUUUAGUAGGAAUAAACUAAUGAUAAUAUUCUGUGUCUCACUGAUCCUCAUGACUUGUAAAAGUUGGAUGUUUGAUUCCAUCUAUGAUACACAGAUGUCAGGAAACCUGACAGGGAGUUCUUACUUUUUUGUUGUUGUCUGGAAUACAUACAGUACCUGGUAGAAAGUCUUGACCUAAUUUUUGCAAUAAUGUGAGAAAUUAUUUAAAAUGGGUUUGCCAUGUUGUGGUUUCAUGAUUUGUUUGAAAAUUCGACUGAUGUGAAAACGCCACUAGACAAUGCAGGGGAAUUAAAUUCUAAGUUGCUAUCCAUAGAUUUCUGACAGUUUCUCAACAAUACUUUUAACACAAAGUGGUUUGAAUUUCUUGGCUAAAAGCUGUCUCUCAAUCUCUUUAGGCAUAAAAAAUAGAAUACAAGUUCCAAAUUACAGUCUACUUUAAAAGGUAUGUAUAAUUAUUUUGGUUACUUUUCCUUUCCAACUUGCUGCGUAGUACAGUACUUAUAAACAUUUCUGUGAUUGAAAUCAAGAAAUGUGUUAAAGUGACUCGAUUUGUGUGUACCGUUUGUUCACUAUUGCUCUCUAGCAAACCUUUGAGGUCUUUAUUUAACAACUCUGUGUGUUUACUAAAUUACUCGGUUGUCUUUUUACUUAUUAGGUAAUUUCUGAAAGCAGUUGGUUGCAUUGGAUUUCAAAGAGGAGCAUAUAGGAGCAAUGGUGACUAAAUAGUAUUGCAAGCUACACUUUUCAGAUUCUGAUUGUGGCUUUGAUGUUAGAUGCAGGUCAGUUUAAAAUGUUAACAUCUUUUCUGCUUUUGGUGAAUAAUUUACAUAUCAUUCUUCUAAUAUAACAUUACAUAUUGUAGUUUGAAGAAAAGCUCUCUAUAUAACCAAAAGACUUUAGCAUCUGCAGCAGGAUUAGCCUAAGUUUACACAGAACAAAUCAGAGUAAGCAUAAGAGGAAGCACACAGUCCUUAUCUGGUUCAUCCUAAUCUGCCUCACUCAGCCUGUUCUCAGCUCUGGCUCUUUUCCUGUCUCUGUCUUGUUUCCGAUGAGUUGGAAAAUCUUUUCUGUCAUUGUAGUCUAAUGAGAUCAUGUUUCUGUGGAAAGCUCUUUUCUUGAGAGCUCUGAAUGAAAAAAAAAACACACCCACUUAGGGCCAUGUGAAUGUUAAAGGGAUAUAAUCACCAAACAAGAAAUUAUACAAGUUAAAUGGGGGGGGGGGAACAACAUAUGUACCUUUGGUGUACUUUAUUAGGAUUUUAGGUUUUAAAACUAUGUUUUUUCACAAUAAUCCACUGCCUUUUGUUUAAUCAUCAAAUAAUAUUUCCAAAUUUCUGGCUGUAAUCAGAAAACAAUAUGAAAGUUAUGAACGCUUUAACUUUGUCAUAUUAUUAAACAAUAAAAUUAAGAUGGAACAUUUAAAAAUUGUUUCAAUUCAGAAAGUCGGAAUGUGUGAUUGUUUUAAGUUUACCAAUAUUUAUGCUAACUUCAUAUUACAAUAAUGGAAACAAAAAAAUUAAAUAAAGCUCACUCCUUUUUAAUGAGAAUUGUUUACAUAUUCUGUAUACAGGGAUCAUGGGAUGUACUUGGAUUUACUCAAACCUUUUAAGUUUGCAGUUCAUCUUCUUUCAAUAAAUCAUGCAAUAGUAGAA